GCUCGGAAUACCUUCCACACUGGCGACUCAACCUCGCUCCCCAGAGAAAAACAUGGACUAGAAGACUGCGCCCUUGACAUCCCAAUGCAAGACGUAGUUCAUGUUUGAUGGAAACAUACCAAGUGCCUCUAGAGCCCAACCCGUCUUCCGACCUUGGCAGAACUCCCUCGUCGCCAUCCAUCAACGACACCCGCGUGCGUCGUUUCCUGGUCUUGCUCGCUGUACGGCUUCUCCGUCUCUCCCAAACGCGCUCCGUUAUCCGACUUUAUCCCUGGCUCUGCAUCAAGUAUGGCAUAUCUCGACACCUCUCAGAAGCGCGGACGCUUCAGUUCGUUCAACAACAUACGUCGAUCCCAACUCCCAAGGUGUACUGCGCUUUCGAACGAAACGGAAUUACGUACAUCGUAAUGAGAAGGCUUCGCGGGAGAAGCCUCGCGUCAACCUGGAAGAAUCUAUCAGAUCCGUCUAGGGAAAAGAUACUGCACCGUCUACGAGAGAUAGUCCUCGAGAUGCGAUCUAUACCAGCGCCAGGUAACGAAAUAGCCAGUGUAGACGGAGGAUCACUAUGGGAUUGCAGGUUACCGUGCGGACUGGACCGCUUUGGUCCAUUCGCUAACACCGAUGAUUUUCACCGUUUCCUUCGUAAUGGUAUCGAGGAAGCCCCACCUGGAUACCCGGACAUCAAGGAUAUGAUUCAGCUACAAAAGCAGAAGUGGGGUCGGCCUGUUUUAAGUCAUGGUGACUUGAGCAGCUUGAAUGUCUGGGUACAUGGAGAGAAUAUAACAGGAAUUAUCGAUUGGGAAACUGCUGGCUGGUGGCCUCCCUACUGGGAGUAUACAACUGCGCACCAAGUCAAUCCAAGGAAUAUGUUUUGGGGCGAAAAUAUUGACAAAUUCUUGGAGCCUUGGCCUGAAGCUCUCAAGAUGGAGAAGAUUAGGCAGAGAUGGUGGGGAGAAUUCUGAAGGCUAUGUCUUUCUCAACUUACUGUAUAUCUCAAGAAGUUGUCUCCUUAUGCUCCAGAAGGUCAUAUGUUGGAACUUUCUCUGGAUUAUACCUCGCAGAUGAAAAUCGACCGUCCGCUUUCUUUUGGUUACAGUAAUCCAUUGCAGUUUUGCGAACAGUAUUCCACACCAGGACGCUUGUUCCAACGGCCUUUUUGUCCUUACUAACAAGCUCUAGAGCUUCCUUCAGCCAGGCAACGCAGUUCCAACCAUCCAAGCCAUCCCUCACUGGGGUUUGACGCAAGAUCGCAUCAAGUCGAGCUGAAUCGUCCACCUUGCCAAUCAACACCCGCACUAGGAGCAUACUUGUCGGUCGGAGUGACACAGAUCUUUUCUCAAAUUCCCAAUGUACGCCAUCCGAACCGACCUUUUCUUUCGCGUGGUAUCGUACACCUUCUUUCUCUGGCUUCUCAAUCUUCG